CAGUCAUGAGUCUGCAUGGAGUGCAUCCAGGGUGCUACACCUUCAACUCGUUCAUUUGGUGGGCAUCUCAGCUCAGAGCGAGACGGGAGGAACUCCAGUAGGAAACCAAGGGGAAACGAGAACUUUCAUUCCAGGAUCGCCAGUCAAGUCUUCAGCAUGGCCGACGCACCGAAGGCUUCAGCCCCAAAGAUUCCAACUCCUGCAGGGGGAGCCGCCCCAUCACCUACCCUCGAGAAAAAAAAGAAAAUGGGAGACCACGCCUCUUCCCCGUCGCGUACUCCAUCAGCGGAGAGAAAAAAGCACAAGACCAAGAAAGUGAAGGCUCCUGCACCCGCUGGUGCCAAACCUGAGAAAGAAAAGAAGGAGAAGAAAGAAAAGAAGGCAGACAAAAAGGCAGCACCAGCUCCACCAGCGACGGCCGCUUCACCAGCUUCAGAGGGCACGCCAGCACCAGCACCUACUCCGGCUCCAGCUGCCACUACACCAGCACCGGCUCCAGCUGCCACUACACCAGCACCGGCUCCAGCAAAAGUGACUGCUCCGGCUCCCGCACCAGCUCAAGAAUCCGCCCCAGCACCCGCUCAAGCGGCUGCGCCUGCUCCAGCUCCAGCAGCCGAACCAGCUCCAGCUCCAGCCCCAGCCCCAGGACCAGAAGCAGCACCCGCGCCAGCGCCAGCGCUAGAGGACAAACCUGCACCGGCGCCAGCCCCUGCACAGCCUCCAGCUCCUGCUCCAGCUCCAGAACCUGUGCAAGUGCCAGUGCCAGCACCUGAGUCAACACCAGCACCAACAGCAGAAACGCCUGCCAUUCCUGCUGCAGUGCCGGCUCCUCAGGCUACACCACCACCAGCACCAGAAGCCACACCAGCUUUAGUACCAGAAGCCGCACCUGCAAACACGCCCGAACCUGCUCUUCCUGCAGCUUCUGAGGCCCCUCCACCAGAGCCGGCAGCAGCAGCACCAGCUGAAUCUGCUCCUACGGAUCUACCACCACCUCCGCCAGAAGAUCUAGCCCUUGCCACAGAGACCCCUUCAACGGCUCCUGAAGCUCCACUUCCAGAACCGCCGUCUCCAGGCACCGUGUCUCCAGCCACCGUUGAGGAACCAAGCGCUCCUUCCCUGGAAGAAGACGCACUAGCUCCAUCCCCACCAGCUCCACUUCCAGAACCACCAUCGCCGGGAACAGUGACUCCGCCGAUAAAAGAAGAACCAAGGGCUCAGUCUCCCGAGGAAGACGCACUAGCUCCAGUCUCAUCACCGGCUGUACUCCCUGAACCACCAUCUCCUGGAACGGUAACGCCACCAGUGCAAGAUGAACCAAGAGCUCCAUCUCCCGAGGAAGACGCACUUGCUCCAUGUCAAGCCGGUAGCUCUCCAGCGGUCGGCGCUGUUACCGACUUGCUCAGUCUCCAAACGGAAAUGGCGAAGCUCCAGGUCCAGAUGAGCUCACUGCAAGACCAAGUCAUUAUAUUAGGAAGAGCCAUCCAAAAUGUGGUAGAUAAUAGUAUGAAAAGUGAUGAUGUCUAGAGAAAUCUUUCCAAUCACGUUCUGAGUCUGAUAAACUUGAAUGGGAAGCUGCUUUCAACAUUAGAAGGCAUCUGGCAUACUAGUAACUUUGGAUAAAGCCAGCUAUAAAUAGGCAAAGACGAUAGCCAUGUGUUCAAAAGCAGUCAUGAUUUCGAGAUACCCCUGAUAGUCUUUACUUGAACAAACGGACCAUAAACGGCUAUUUGGUUCCAGGCAAUUGGGAGAGUCUGACAUCCUGAUGAUAUCGAUCAUCAGCCAUGCCAGUUGUUGGGAUUGAGAAAGGAUAAUGUAGAAAGUAAAUUAUUCCUUGGAAGGGGUCUGCCUGUGAUGAUGUCUCUGUUUUUGUUUUGGAAUUUGUGUUCUCUUGUAUGCCACGCUUAUUCUCUUUUGACUGAAAAUCGACUGGGAAGUAGGAAAUACUCUACCCUCCGGUAUUUCACUGCGGCAAUAUGUCACUAUGCCUCUGACUUCCUCCAUGUGUGGAGCGCUGUAUUGAAAUUCCUUUCGAUAAAAAUGUAAUUUCCUCCUCCA